AUGCAAUUCUCUACUGUUUCCUUCGCUACUCUAUUUGCUUUAGCUAAAUUUGCCUCUGCUACUGAAAACAAAGCUGCUGCCAUUUCUCAAAUUACUGACGGUCAAAUCCAAGCUACUGCCGGUACUGCUUCAACUACCGCUAAGACUAACGUAGCUACUACCACUACUAACACAGUUAAGGAAACCACUACUACUAACACUGCUACUGUCCAUGAACAAUCUAGUAACGGUGCUGGUAAGCAAGUUGUUGGCUUCGGUGCUGUUGCCGUUGCCGCUGCUCUAUUGUUAUAA